CCAGUUUACUAUUUACUCUAUCGAAUCAUCCCAAACAUUCUUCCUGAAAUCGAAUUCAGAGUUUAAGCGAUAUGGAUGCUAAAGAACUCGAAACUUACGAAUAUCAACUCAGUCAGGUCAAUCUCGCUUUAGAAAAAGAUUCAUCCAAUGCCGAAUUUCUAAGUCUGAAAGAAGAACUUGUCAAUUUGAUUAGCUUGACAAAAGAUUUCUUAGCUGCUCAAUCAAGUUCAAAGAAUACAAAUCAAUCGAACGAUGACGCUAAAGCUUCUCAAACAGAUCCUUCAUCUAAUCCAUCUAACAAGAAUGGUACUCAAGCCAAAUCAACAAAGGAAAAGGCUAAACCUUCUGCAUCCGCUACUUCAAACGUUCUUUUAAAUCCUGGUGACACUUGCAUGGCCAAGUACGCUGGUGAUGGCAAAUACUAUCCAGCCAAAAUCACAACGAUCGGUGGGUCGUCAGAUACCCGAAUCUAUACGGUUGUCUUUAAGGGGUAUGAUACCACUGAAUUGGUAACGGCAUCCGAAAUCAAACCUGUGACGGAUCCUAAGAAACGAUCCUUAGUAGAAAAUGAACAAGAGUCAGACAAAGAUCGUAAAAGGAAGAAAAACGAAAAGAAGACUGAAAGUAAAGCGGCCAAAGCAGCGGAACAGAUGGAAAAACAAAAGUCUUGGCAAAGUUUUGCAAAGAAGAGUGUUAAGAAAGGUGUACAUAUUCCUGGAAUCGUAGGUGAAUCGAUGUUUGCCUCACCUGAUAAUCCGUUUGGAAAGGUUGGUGUCGUUGGAUCCGGUAAGGGUAUGACACAGUAUGGCACGAAACAACGACAUAAAUUCAACGGGAACGGUGCCGAGUGAAGAUCCGUUCAACUACCACAAUUGGGCAUCAACAGGCACGAUUGAACCGGUUCAAAUGUGCCGGUUGCCAGUCCCUCGUGGUCACACUAUUCAAGUCGAGACUCAAAGUCACGAUGCUCAGCUAAUGGAUCCUCUUUUGUGUGGGACCGCGCUCUACCAAAACAAAUCCUCUCCAGUUUCUCCUAUAUGAUGCAAUACUACUUCUUUGGUAUAGGCCAUCAAGUCUCUCUUCAAUCAAAAAAUCCUUUAAACAAACAGGAGGGCUGGUUUCAUCUAUCAGCUAUUUAUGAGUAUGAUACAUCAAGAUCUACAAGCUCUUUAUAUUGCAAAAAAUAGGAAUGGUGAAAAAACUUUUGAGGAUGAGUCUUGUUUCUUUUCCUUUCUUUUACAAUUAUCCUAUUAUCUUUCAUGAACUUAUUGUAGAUCACAAUUUGAAUUGAAGUCUUUUGACACAUUUAGCUGCUAUCU